AUCAGCGAUGGAUGAUCCUUGGCAGGAGUGCAUGGAGCACUGCGUGGAAGUAGCCAAGCAAGCUGGCAAGGUGACUUUAUUAAAUGCAGCAACUGAGGUCAAAUCACCUUGUUUUGGCUUGAAAUGGACAUUAUUUUCGGGGUGAUCCGUGAGGCCCUCCAGGGCGACGUCGCCGUCAUGCACAAGAGCUCGCAAGUGGACCUUGUAACCGAGACGGACCAGAGAGUGGAGCGCCUCAUCAUAUCUUCCAUCAAGGCAAAGUUUCCCACGCACAGCUUCAUCGGCGAGGAGUCGGUGGCGGCGGGUGCCCCGAGCAUCCUCUCCGAUGAGCCUACUUGGAUCAUCGACCCGAUCGAUGGCACCACCAACUUUGUGCACGGGUUCCCUUUUGUGUCCGUGUCCAUCGGCUUCACGGUGAAGAAAGAGAUCGAGUUUGGUGUUGUCUACAGUUGCAUCGAGGACAAAAUGUACACAGCGCGCAAAGGCAAAGGCGCCUUUUGCAACGGCCUUCCCAUCAAAGUGUCGGGACAGGAAGAUGUCAGCCGCAGCCUGGUGCUGACCGAGGUGAACUUCAAAAAGGAUACGCAGCGUUUUGACAUGAUGUUGGCCAACCUCAGGAGUAUCCUCGCCAUCCCUGUGCAUGGCAUCCGCUCGCCGGGCAGCGCCGCCGUCAACAUGUGCCUGGUGGCCAGCGGCGCGGCCGACGCGUACUACCACCAGGGAAUCCAUUGCUGGGACAUGGUUGGCGGCGCCGCCGUGCUCACAGAGGCCGGAGGAGUCGUGCUGGAUAUUUCAGGUGGGCCCUUUGAUCUGAUGUCCCGUCGACUGAUUGCGGCCAGCACCCCAGCGCUGGCCCGGCAUCUCGCCGGGCACAUCGCAGAGUUUCACGUCGGCAGGGAUGAUGCAGAUGGCUCGUAAAAACAAAAAACAAAAAUAAAAGAAUCGAACGCUUGCGUUUGUCUUGUGACGAGUAGCUUAGUUCAGCAUUCGCUCUUUUGAAUUGGAAGUGUUUUUCCUCAUGUCGUCGUCGAAGGGACGCUCAUUAGGAAUGUGUGUGUGCAUUCUGUUGACAAAAGUAUUGGGACAGCUAUUAGUAGUUAAAGAGGCCGAUAACAGAUAUGAAGCCGAUUAUCCGUUUCUAGUCAAAUCUUUUUAGAAUUGUCCAAUCAGCGAUUCCACAGACUACCCGAGUAAUCUCAUAGAUUUGCGAGCACAUCUCAGGAGAAACCGACUUCUUCCGAGAUGUGACUCGCCGAGACGGAAUGUCGCUGAUCAAGUAGGCACCCGAGCAAAGAACGAGGCGUUGUUAGCGAGCGCCCCUUGCGUUCUUUGCAUUUUCUUUACGCAGGAAAAUGUUUGGGCAGCGUUCAUUUGGGGCGACAACAAACUUUCUCAAAGAGAAAGACGCGAGCCAGAACCUUAUUGCUCAAAGGCACCCCCUGAGCUUAUAAACCGUUUGCAGAUGUCCCAAUCAAAAGCUUCCCACAGUCUUCUGUCAAAACACACAAUAGAAGACGAAUUGCAGAAGACUCGAAAUCCCCUAUGGUUGAAUUGGCUCCAUUUUGGCUUUUCAGCGGUUCUGUCGCAAGGCAAAUGCAAAGGAUGACUUUCGUUUUGUCACAGAGCGUUGUGGGACGCUAGGGCUACUCCGUCCGCGCUGUCAACUUUGCGACCUCCUCUCAAAACUCCCCCCGACUAUGAAUGAACCACAUUUGAUGACAUUUUCAAUCAGAAAGGCAGCACUUCAUCUCCAAGCUGCAGCCACACACGUUUAAAAAGCAAGCACCAGCUGAUCAUUUGCGGUUUUGGUAAUGCUAAUUUGGGCUAACGUUGCUUAGCGGGGGAACUUUUGGCUGGUGGCGUCUUGCACUUUGUAGUCUGCCUGUGCCUUGAGAGUGGCGGAUGUUUGUCCAGCCGAGUCAUGGCUGAAGAAACUCACCGCCGGGGGUAUUAAUCGUGUCAAUAAGUUCAAUUGAGACAUCACUACAACAAAAGUUUGACACUCUUGUUAAAUUUCACACUUGACUGGCAGCCUUGCAGGCACUAGACGAGUGCUCGUCUUGGAGCAAGUCCCUUGUCCAUAAUGCGUCCCUUUGAAGCGACGGAGGGGGUGUGACUGAAUACUUUUGUCCAUAUGGUGCAUUUCAGCCAGCGUGAGUCAUGAGCUUGUCAGCUGCCUGGUAUGAUGGGCGGCCAGCAUAUUGCGUAAUCGUCACAUUGUUGGCAAAGCCGCGUGGCCUCGUGACGUGUGUCAGCGAUGUUCCGCCCAUUUCGCGUUCGUGCCAGACUCAUGUCGACUAUUGACAUUGUCAAUCCCACAAACAAUUGUUGGUUUUUCUCCCACCUAGUUCACUUGAGCCGUGCACGGAUUUGCUUGCUCUUCAAAUUGCUGCAUCAAAAUAUUACUAUUAUUAGCACCUUUUUUUCUUAUAGAGGAAAUUUGGAGAAACAAUUGGUGGUUUUAGAAAAUCCCCUCAAGCUGAAACUUUCUUGGCGCCAAAAUGUUUAAUUAAAUUAGCGUUGUUUCUUCCUGUUUGCCACUGCGAUUUAUUCAGCCCCAAAUAAAAGAGCGCUCUUGAUGUGUAUCUUACAAGGUUUAAAUAAACACCUUCCUCCGCCCCCCACCUCGUUGAUGUUGUUGGCGCUCCUUGUUGCUACAUGUCUCGUUUGACAAUCGGGAGACCAAUCGCCUUUGUGGGAGGGGAGACCAAAACAAA